GCCCCGCCCCGCCCACCCCGGCUUGCACAGAAAGGGAAUUGAGAUGCUACAUUUUUAUGACGAACUAGCAUUUUUGUUUCAGACCUCUAUUUUCUGUUACUACUCUCGUCAACAUGUAACUAGAACCGUUUUAUAGCCGUUGUUGGUUUUUUUGUUUUUCCUCUGUAUGGUUUUAAUGUGCUGCUUUUAUACGCAUUGUAGUCGAAACCAAGUAGUUUAUUUGGCUUUCACUAGCUCAUUAGCCAGUGGAAAGUUAGCAAAGUAGUGGGUGGCUGAACUUUUAGCUACUGGUGCCGUACAGCUUUUCUUCCCUGGUCGUUUCAUUGAUGUUCGCCCCAUUUCGGAGAAACUGGAUUCAUGAUCGACUCAAAACCCAAGAGGGGAACGGAAGGCAGAGGGACUCCAUCUCUUGUUUCCGGUCAGACUCGGGGAGUCUAGCGAGGCCACGUUAGAGUAAAGGUUCGCUGUCAUGUCGGAGGCCGAGGAGCAGCCGGCUCCCGGUACAGAUGCGAGGGCAGAGGUACCGGCAGGAAACCUGUCCCCGGGGACGACGCAGACACCGGGCGGGACGCCCGCAGCUUCUUCCCUGGCCUCGCCAAAGCCCGCUGCCACCUCGGCGACUGAGGAUGAGGAUGAGAGCGAAGAUGAGUCGGAGAUCCUGGAGGAGAGUCCCUGUGGUCGCUGGCAGAAACGUCGAGAAGAGGUGAAUCAGCGUAAUGUCCCUGGGAUCGAUGCUGCGUAUUUGGCCAUGGACACGGAGGAGGGAGUGGAAGUAGUUUGGAACGAAGUCAUGAUUUCGGAGAGGAAAAACCUCAAACCCCUGGAGGAGAAAGUCAAGGCUGUAUUUGAUAACCUCAUUCAUCUGGAACAUGCCAAUAUUGUCAAGUUUCACAAGUACUGGGCCGACACAAAGGACAACAGAGCAAGGGUGAUUUUUAUCACUGAAUAUAUGUCAUCUGGAAGCUUGAAGCAGUUUCUUAAGAAGACAAAGAAGAACCACAAAAGUAUGAAUGAAAAGGCGUGGAAGAGAUGGUGCACUCAGAUCCUAUCUGCGCUCAGUUAUCUCCACUCAUGCGACCCACCGAUCAUUCACGGGAACCUUACCUGCGACACCGUCUUCAUUCAGCACAAUGGGCUCAUUAAGAUUGGAUCAGUUGCUCCAGAUACCAUCAACAACCACGUGAAGACGUUCCACGAGGAGCAGAAAAACUUGCACUUUCUUGCCCCUGAAUAUGGAGCCGACAACGACGUCACCACGGCUGUAGACAUCUACUCGUUUGGCAUGUGUGCCUUAGAGAUGGCGCUUCUGGAAAUUCAGAGCAACGGAGACUCGUCGUACAUCUCUCAGGAAGCCGUCGACAGCGCCAUACAGUUACUGGAAGACCCUCUCCAGAGGGAGUUAAUCCAAAAGUGCCUUGAGUGCGACCCCAGUAUGAGGCCUACAGCCCGGGAGCUGCUGUUUAACCAGGCUCUCUUCGAAGUGCCUCUGUUGAAACUGUUGGCUGCACACUGUAUUGUCAGCUACCAACACAUGAUUCCUGAAAAUGCUCUUGAGGAGAUCACUAAGAAGCUGGAUCCCAAUCUGGUUAUUGCUGUGACUAAAGACGUUCAGCUCAAGCUGUCCCAGUUUCCUGCCUUGGAGCUCGACAAAUUCUUGGAGGAUGUGAGGAACGGCAUUUAUCCGAUGACGGCAUUCGGGGUGCCCAGUCCCCAGCAGACCCGACAUAAAAUAGUCACAUCUCCUGUUGUCAUUCCUUUGGUCAAAUCUCCCACACCUGAACCCACGGAGCUUGAGACACGACGGGUUGUUCAGAUGCAGUGUAACUUGGAGUAUAUUGAGGAGGGAGCAAAAUACCAUCUAACGCUACUGCUGAAACUGGAAGAUAAACUGAACAGACAUCUAAGCUGUGACAUGUUACCUCAUGAAAGUGUUCAAGAUUUGGCCGAAGAGCUGGUGCAACUGGGCUUGAUCAGUGAGGUGGACCAAAUAAAAAUAUCCUCGCUGCUUGAAGAGACUUUCAGCCAAGCUGUCCCCUAGCACGUCUCAUCAGAAGUGCUUUUUCUGCCUGGUUACCUGUUCCUCCUGGAUGCACAACAGAUUGUUUGGCAAGUCUUUCUACAGAGCUUUGAGUGGUUUUAUUAUUUGACCAAAACACUGAAGGAUCCCUUACACCAGGGAAUAGAAAAUAUUUUAAAAAGCACAAAACAUCCAACAUAAAGCCAGACGACCCCCACACCCAAAGAAACCAGCAGCUGUGAACUUUGUGUUUUACUUUAGGCUGAGUAAUAAUUGUUAGGCAAAUUCAUCCCAGCCUGGGAAACCAAUGCCUUCUUCAAGUGUGCUUUGUUUACAUGAGGAGCUGCCCUGCUUGUUUGUUUCUUCGGAGGACUUAAGUCUAAAGCACCUUGGAGAUCUGAUUGUCUCCUUCACCACCCUGACGGUGUUGUCCCUUUGUUUUCGUGGCAGCAUCUGGACCCGCUGACAAUCAGCACAGCAGUAGUUUCCCUGGAGACUACUUAUCCCCUUUCCAAGUACAUCAUACGAGCCAGGCUACUCUAAUUCCUCAUUUCAUAUAUGGUUCUCAUUGUUUUUUGUUCAAUGUUUACGCUUUCUUUCAUAUCAUUCUUGGCUUUUUGUGCUUUUUUUUUCUGACCAAGCCUUCUAACUCAUAUGUGUGGACAUUUUUGGCAGGCACGAAACUUCUUUAGGUGACCUUACUAUCAGAAAAUAUUCAUACUGUAAGAAGCCUUUAUUAAAGAAACAAAGUAGGUGCAUUAUGGUAUUUAACUUUUUGAAAGUACAUUACUUCCUUACUUUGAGGUACUGUGAAUUUGGUGUCUUGAAAUGUCAGUUUGUUUUUUAUAUUUAUGUUUUUCUGUCUGUUUAAACGCUUUCAGGUCAUAUAUAUAUAUAUCUUCUGUUUACAAUUGCUGCUGUCCGUGUGGACCAGUUACUCUGCCCUUAGAUUUCAUAUAGAUCAUGUGUACUGAACUUAGGUGUAAUAACGAGUCUUUGCUCCAGUGGUGCGUUUUUAUAGGAGAAACAGGUACCUUAUCCCAAGUGUUCUUUCCAUAUUUUCUUCUUGCAUACCGCUGCCCUAUUGAGGGUCUGAGCCAACAAAAUACCUUUUUAGUUAUUAAUGAGUUACAACUAAGAGCUUUGUGUUGGUUUUGCCAUUCUCGGUUUAAAAAGUUUGCACACAACAUUUCAUGCAAUAUAGAUCAUAGACCUUAUUUGAGACCAGGGAGUUUAUAUUGGCUUUUUUCUUUUUAGUAAAUUAGCCUCCAAAAUACCGGUAUUUCUUUUUUUUUUUUUUUUAAAAAAAGGUCAAAUAUUUCUAAAAACCUAGCAUAAAACAAAACUGCGAAGAAUUACAGCAAUGUCUGUCCGUGUUAAACCUUUGGUUCCAUAAAUUGAUCCUUUCUAUAUCUUUCACUGGUAUUUUUUAACACUGUUUUAUGAGCUCUUUAGUUGCUCCAGCAGAUCAUCAAAACAUGAGCUCCUCUUAAGUCCUGUUUCCAAAUGUAUUCCAGUUACUAUCUGCUCCAUGCUGUCAAUCUUAGCGCAUUGUUUAUGUCAUUUUAAUUAUUUUCCCUCUUUGUGAACUUCUAAGAUUGUAUUUAACCAGGGGAAUGUAAAUGGACCCGCCUUCGAGGACCGAAGUGGUUCAGACCAACCAGCGUGACCAUCAGAGUUUGUAUUGACUGUCUGCAGCCUAUCUGUUCUUCAUUAGCACCCCAUUCAUUAGCGGUGAUAAAACUGGUUAUUAAAUAAUCAAAGACAUACGACAGCUUUAGUCUGUUACUCCACGAUGUGAGCUUUUGGUUGUAUUUAGGUAUUUUAUGGAUUGUAUUUGACACAGAUGUCAGUAAACGUGUGCCUUUUUGAUGCUUAUAUACUGGCUUAAGUCAGGACCCAGGUUCAUGCAAAUAAAUGGAUGAAUGAAUAAAUGGAUGGCUCUG